UUGGACAUAAAGGGAAGUUCUCAGUGCUGGCUACUUAUCAGUGACAUUCCUGUGAAGAAAUUGACUGUAAGAGGAAAUUACUUCAGUCUUUUUCCACUUAGCAAGGGACAGCCUUGUCCUGCAAGCUGUGGUGUUUUAAAGGUUGUGCCUUCCUGAGGCAGACUUUGCUAAACUCGUGACCGGCGGAAUCGUUUGGAAAUCUGGGUUUCAAGCCACAGGAAUAUAGACUGUUCCCUCAAGGAGCCACCAGAGGAUGCCCUUCAGGACUGACAGCGACUUUUGGGUUCUAUGACAGCUUCUUGAAGGAUUAUAGGAAACCUGCUGGUCUUCCUGGUUUUACUUAGAACUUAGCACUACCAAAUACAUACCAGCAGAGGGCACACUUUGACAACAUAUUAGUGCUGAUUUUUUAUAUUGUAUUAUUAUUGUUUUAUAUAUUAAUAUAUAUAUACUUUUCAAAUAUAUGUAUACUUUAAAGAGUUAUUUCAUUCUAAGUGAACUCUUUUGUAGUAAAGAAGAGGAUUUUACCUUAAACUAUAUUUUUUGUUUCAGAAAGCACUUGGAGGUAUGACGCAAACAAAAGUAAAAGGAAACUGACUGAAACACAAUUUCCAUUCUAACCUUAACCCCUAACUAUACUUUUACUCAUUAUAACAAAAAGAAAGGUCAUUAAUACUUUUAUUUUUACUCAUUAGAAUUAAAGGAUAUGCUAUUGUCACUUUAUAGCGUCAGGUCUUAGGCCCAGCUUGAUUUGCUGACUUGAACCAGGAAGUUCCUUAAAUAAAAAACCGGUCUAGCUGCUUUUGUGUUUAAAGGCGUUUGACUCGCAAAGAGAAAUGCAGAUAGAACUGUAAAGGAGAAGUUCAGUAGACAGCACUGAACGUUGAGGAGAGUAAAAAAGAUGAAAACACUUUUUAUUUUACUGGCACUUUUUGCCUUCUUCAGUCUGCUGUGUUUUGCUACAUUUUUAUUAUACAGCCAAAGCAGUUAUCCAGGUCUUCUUAGUCUAUCCCAUGUUCUGGAAAAUAAAGAUAUAACUUCUUCCUGGAAGAUAGAGAACUAUGUCAAUGAGUUAGGAACCAGCAAAGACAACCAAGAUGAAAUAGUGAUGCAGUCUGUUUCAAACCGGACUUUGGAAACUUGCCCAGACCUCCCUCCAAACCUUGUUGGUCCUCUUAAAGUGGACUUUUACUCUAAAAAGACUCUGGAGGAUAUCAAAAAAGAGGUUGGUUCCUCUCUUCAAAUGGGAGGACGGUACAAGCCACCAGAUUGCAUCUCACAACAUAAGGUGGCCGUUAUCAUCCCAUUCCGAAAUCGGCAUGAGCACCUGAAACAUUGGCUGUAUUACCUCCAUCCUAUCUUGAAACGACAGCAGUUGGACUACGGUGUGUAUGUCAUUAACCAGGAUGGAGAAGGAGUGUUCAAUCGGGCUAAGCUGAUGAACGUUGGAUACCUGGAAGCACUGAAGGAAAAUGAUUAUGAGUGCUUUGUCUUCUCUGACGUAGACCUGGUGCCCAUGGAUGACCGUAACCUCUACAAAUGUUUUGACAAUCCAAGACAUUUGGCUGUUGCCAUGGACAAAUUUAACUUCCACUUACCCUAUAACACCUACUUUGGUGGUGUUUCCUCAUUGUCUAAGCCACAGUUCUUGAAAAUUAACGGCUUCCCAAACACUUACUGGGGCUGGGGUGGUGAAGAUGAUGACAUCUACAGGCGAGUUAUUUUCCGUGGAAUGGCCAUUUCUCGGCCAGACUCUAAGAUUGGGAAGUACAAGAUGAUCAAGCAUCAGAGAGACUUGCACAAUGAGCCUAAUCCAGAAAAUCCUGACAAACUGAACAAAGCAGAAUCGAAAAUGGAUAAGGAUGGGCUUAACACUCUCGAGUACUUAGUCAAGGAGACUGUAAAAGAUUUAUUGUACACUUUCAUCACUGUUGAUAUUAAGGCUCCAUCAAAUUGAAUGAGGAUACAAAGCGGGGAUGUUGGAAUAUAGUUAACUGCUGGUUCAAAGGAUUUUUUCUUACAUUGUGGCCCUCAUGACAGUUCUUUUAUAGGUGGUUGUGCGUUCUGAAAAUCUCUGUAAAUUCAGUGUGUCUAGUGGAUCUUGAUUAAGCUUGUUCAGUUUGGUGUCAGGGUGUUGGGUUAUAUGUAUAGAAACAAUACAACAUAGUGAAUGUAAACUGUAUGAUGAAGAUUUACCAAAAUUAACAUCAGUUCCUCUCAGGUUUUUUUCCCCACAGUCAUUAACCAGAAAGACUAAAACAUUCUGUGCCUUUUUACAAACUUUCUCACAGUUGCCACACACAGAAAUAUCUCAUGUUUUACAGUUAAAAUGCUGCUUUCUUCAACUUGUUUACUCUACCCAGACAGUUUUAAAAGCAGAAGUUUUGAGUGCAAUGUGUGCAUGUGGGCACAUAUUACAUUACAGCCAUAACAUCUGAGGCACAAUGACAAAACAAAUUUAUUUUGAGUGCAAAUAUAUGUGGUGUUUAAAAAAGGACACCACUCUAACAUGUUUAUUUGUUGUUUUUUUCUGUAAAGUUGGCAAAAAACUAAAUUAAUUCUUACAUUUAAAUGCCUAUCUGAGCUCCUAUUUUUUUAUUUUUUUAUUAUAUAUAUGUAUAUGUAGUAUAUCAGUAUAUAUAUAUAUUCUUCUAUAUACAUUCUUAAUUUGUACAUUUAAAAGAACAUCAGGUCUAAUUUAUUUAAUUAAAUGUAUAGGUUUAAUUCUCAUAGCUUUGACUAUCAGUGCUGAUUCUAAAUGUUUCUGAAAGGAAAACUGACAAUGAGACAUCUGUACAGUAAGAACUAUCAUUUUUAAAGCUGCUUUUAUUGUUUUCUAUGCUGCUAUUGCUUAGAACAUUCAUAGAGAAGAACAUUAAAAAAACAAAAAUAUAUAUAUAUGGCUGAUAGAUAUCUGACAAUUCCAUUUUAAUAAUUUGAGCUUUAUGGAGGUUUCAGCACCGCAUCAGCAUUGAGUAAACUUUCCUUUCAUGGUGAGCACAAAUUUUGAGUUGUCAUUUUAUGUUCAAGAAUAUGAAGUUCUUCCUUAUGACUUCAGAUUUUCCCCACUCAUCUUGUGAUUGAUAAUUUAAUUUCACUUUGCUCUUUACAAGCAUCCAUUCGGUUUUGCCAAACAUCUUGUUUCCUGUUUAGCGAUUUCAACAGCAUUUGUCUUCCUUACAGUCACUGUAAGAAAAGAAAUACCUUUUGUAUGAUUAACUCUAGGUCAUGUGAUUUUAAUAAUAGUUAAAAAUCCAAAAUGUCCUGCCAAGUGGCUGAGUAAAAUAAACCGGUCUUACAAA